GAGCCUGAAGGGAGUGGACGUCCGGGUUGCACACAAAGACAGACCUUUUCCACAACCGGCAGGACUGUUUGAGUUUUGAGGAGUGGUUCUGUGGUUUAGAGUUGCAGUACAAUGAAGGCUCAUGCACAAUAGGAGAAGCUUGUCAAAGGUGUAGACGACAAGUAGGUGUUCAGAGGAGACCAAUCAGCCACGUGGAACAAGAUCCUCAAGACCCUCCUCUGGAUUCCUCGUCGUCUGCUGACUCGGAGAAAGAGUCCCCCGCCAUGGUCUUGCCCUCGUCGCACUCCUCGAGGCUGAAGUACAUGUCUCUGGGGGUGCUGGUGCUGCAGACCACCUCGCUGGUGCUCACCAUGCGCUACUCCCGAACCCUGAAGGAGGACGGCCCCCGAUACCUGGCCUCCUCCGCCGUGGUGUCGGCCGAGGUGCUCAAGAUCAUCACCUGCAGCAUCCUGGUCCUGAUGGAGAACAAUUAUAACAUGCGGGCGAUGAACCAGCUGCUGAAGGAGGAGAUUGUGAACAAACCCGCCGAGACCCUGAAGCUGGCCGUUCCUGCAGGGAUCUACACGCUGCAGAACAAUCUGCUCUAUGUGGCCCUGUCCAACCUGGACGCAGCCACGUAUCAGGUCACGUACCAGCUGAAGAUCCUCACCACGGCGCUCUUCUCCGUCUCCAUGCUGGGGAAGAGGUUGGGUUUCUACCAGUGGCUCUCGCUGCUCCUGCUAAUGGGUGGAGUCGCUCUGGUGCAGUGGCCCACGGAGUCCGGAGGCGACUCGGAGGAGAAGGUUCUGUCUGCCGGCUCCCAGUUUGUGGGUCUGAUGGCCGUGCUCAUGGCCUGCGUAUCCAGCGGUUUCGCCGGAGUUUACUUUGAGAAGAUCCUCAAGGAGACGAAGCAGAGCGUGUGGGUUCGUAACAUACAGCUGGGUUUGUUCAGCUUCGUGUUCGGCUUCGUGGGAAUGAUGGUGUACGACUUCCAGAGCGUGAGGCAGUCGGGGAUGUUUCAGGGCUACAGCACCAUCACCUGCGUAGUCGUUGUUUUGCAGGCUCUGGGCGGGCUGGUCGUCGCUGUGGUCAUCAAAUACGCAGACAACAUCCUAAAAGGAUUUGCCACCUCCCUGUCAAUCAUCGUGUCCACGCUCACCUCGUACUUCCUGCUGAAGGACUUUAACCCCACCGGGUUAUUUUUCUUCGGAGCAUUGCUGGUAAUCGCUGCCACGUUUCUUUACGGCUAUGAGCGAAAACCCGCCAGCAGCAGCGCCGUCAAAGUGUAGCCAGAGACCCCUGCGAGACGCCACGUGAGCGGCCAGACGGCGGCCAUCCAGCCUGGACAGAGCGGGACUCUACGGGCCCGGUGUGGCGUGUGGAUGUUACAGAUGUGGGGAAACACAGACAGAACAUCACCCGUUACUGCCGAACCGCUAACGGCUGAAUCUUCACUUCUCUGAGGGGGAAAAAGAAAUGCGGCUUUGCACAACAGACGGGGGUAAAUAUUGUGACGUACAUGUGCUUGGUGAGGUUUUUGGAGCGAAGUGGCCACCUCAACACACACCGAAGCAGUGAGACUAAACGUACUGUAUGUGCAAUUUAAAGGGAGGUAUUUUUAAAAUAUGAUACUUUAUAGUUCAGACUUUGUGUAUUUAUAUGAUUUGGGACAAUGGGGACUGUGUGGGGGUGUCAGUAGAAAACAAAAAGGGGAUUAUUAAGAGUUCUCACAGCGCCUGAAUGUGAAAAUCCUCGACAGAGCUUCCAUCUAGUGGUGGAAUGAGGAGCAAACUUGCUGCAAAGAGGAGGGGUUACCUCUUGUCCAAAGAUGCUGAAUGUCCUCUUUUUUUUUUCUUUUUUCUUUUUUAUAUCAGAUGAGAUAAAAGGGAUACGACUGCUUUGACCUUGCUGCUCACAGUCUGAGUAUUUAUAUCAAAAGCGCUCGUUUUACGGUUAUUUAAAUGCAAAAAAAAAAA